AUGUGCCCUUUUGUGGCAAACCGACUGUGGCCUCAUCACACCUGCUAUUUAUCCCGACCCCCCUCCCUUUCGAUGGGCUUAUCCCACUCGGGCCUCCAAUCCGGAUUCUAUCAUUGUCUCGUAGAUCCGUUGCUCAUCUUUCUAGUUGACCGAUUUCACUCGGGUGACCUGCUUAGUGAAGCGGUGGUGUGUGCGCUUCUAGGGCCUGGAGAAAUAGCGCCAGUGAGUGAAAUGCACACAGGGGCUGGACCCGAGUGA